AUAAAAAAGAAUUUGGUUCUCUGUAAUACUUUCGUAUGAAUCGGCAUUUUUUUCUUUUUUUACGUUAUUUAUAUUAGAAAUCAGACGUGAUAGGCAAUUUCUGCGGCCAAAUUCAUAUUCAGUCUACAAAAUUACGGUAGGAAACUACCUAUAAUUCUUAAACAACUUUUGACAUUCUUCAUUUUGCAAGCUUGUAUAAUUAUUAUGAUAUGUUGCAUCGAAAUUAACGCGAAUAAUUUUCUAGUCGGUAAGAUGCUAAUAAAUGUAUUAAAUAUGUUUAACGAAUGUUGGGCGUAUUCGUUAUUGCAGAAUUUGUGUAAUUAUGGCAAUACUUUUAUGCUUAUCUAUCAUUAAUAAUUGUUAUAUAUUACAUCGAGAUUAAAAUUCAACAAUUUUUUAGUCGGUAAGAUGCUGAUUGUAAAUGUAUUACGUAUGUUUGAUGAGGUAUCGAGCGUAUCUAUUAUAACAAAAUCUGUGUAAUUAUGUCAUUACUGUUGCGCUUAUCUAUAAAUCUAAUAUUAAGUGAUUUCAGGAAGAUUAGAAGAAAGCCGCAUUACACACAUGUAUAGUUUUCAAUUGCAUUUUUUAAGUUUCAGAUAUAUCUUUUAAGAAAGCCACUCGUCGUCAUAAGAGGAAAAACCGACAAAAGUGGUAAUUAUAUCUAUUAAAGGAUAUCACGCGGAUGACUUAGUAUAUAUCGUCGAGAUUAUCCUUUGAAGUAACAUUCAAGAGGUCUAGCCAGCGGUUAUUGUUUAUUAAAAAGUUAUUAAUAAGAAAAAUUUCAUAAACGCAAGUUUUCCACACAGCGUAUAUAUAAAUAUGAUAAACAAUACACGAAUAUGAGCGGAGACGGAACUCUUUUUCUACAUUUAUAUAUAUAGGUUGUCUCAAAAACUUACAUUCCAUUUAUGAAACUUCUUCUAUUAAUCAUUUUUAAUAAAUAAUGAUUACCAGGUAAAAUCUCUUGAAUAUUACAAUCUUGAUAAUAAUGAAAAAAUAAGAGUUAUCGGCAUAGUGUUUCUUAAUGUCAAUUACCAUAAUGAUCAAAAAGAAUUUAAACAAUCAUUUAGUUGAGAUUUGUUCUCAAAUGAAAUCAAAUAGUAACGAAUUUAUUUUUUAUGCGAUAACGUAUUUACGUGUAGAGGUAUUCUAUUCACAAUCAACACGAUUUCCUAGAUGGAAAUUUAAACGGCAGACCAAAGUUAGUCUCAAGCCAAAGUUUAACGUAAGAGGAGUCUUAGCCAUAGAUUUAUACUAUAUGAUAGCAUAGUCAGAUACGAUAAUGUUAAAAUAAUAUAAAUGAAGAGAAAACUAAGAAUUCACUGAUUCGAAUUAAGUACUUCCGUUUUUUAGUAAGUAGUUCCACAAUGCAGAUGGAGUUGACGCCAGAUUCAAGAGCGUGGCUGUUGCAGCAAAAGCACAAGAUAAGGCUGAGUCAUGCGCCCGAGAAGUUCGUCGACGUGACGACGCUACUCGACAAACGGUACGCGUGCGACACUUGCGGCAAGUCAUACAAAUGGAAAGAAUCUCUCUGCAAGCACCAACGCAUCGAAUGCAGGAAGCAGCCACAGUUCGUCUGCAAUGUGUGCGGCUAUCGUUUCAUGCAUAAGCACCAUCUGACAAAGCACGUCACGAGGAUCCACUUCGAUCAUUUUUUUUGAUUGAAAUGGAGGGAUGAUCGUGAAGUUGAUAUGUUGGCUUUGCUGCGUCUCGUUGAUUUACAUUCAGAACAUAACUAAUUGUAAUUGUUACGAAUUAAAAAUGUGUGUAUGUGGAUAAUGAUGAUGAUAAUGUGUGUGUGUGUGUGUGUGUGUUUGAGCGUGCGAGCAAUAGGAAGCUAAUCAAGUCAGCGUAACUAAAAUAUGCAUCAGCAAAAGCAUAUCUUUACUGUGAUUUUGGUUGCCCGAACCUUACAAGUCUUCGUUAGUCCAGCUUUGGAAGCGAUCCAUGGAAACCGGCGUAGCAGUCAAUGUGUUAAAGCGGAUCUCGAUGAGAUUCAAGCGAGUGAUAUGUAUCUUUAUCUUUCUCCAAAAGCGGCUUGAGAAUAUAUCCAACCUCAGUACGCUGGAUCGAAAGAAAACUUUUUCCCAUGUGCGAAACGCGCUGUUCUGCACUAAACUAAAUAUCUAGCCGCGCAGUCUAUGAUUGUAACAUUUGAAUUACAACAUCGUGAUUUUAUUGUAAAAGAGAAAUAAAGACACUACCAGAUAUAAUCCGUAACACCGUGGAUCAGUGGUCACAUGUUUUUCGUGUUAUUUUCAUGUGUGUAACUCGUCACCUUUCUCG